AAGAGGAAGAGAGAGAAGUCAAUGAGAAAAACAUUCCAUGUGAAUGGCAAGGGCGGGAAGCUGGAGGAAAAGCUCAUUCUUUAAGGAGUCUUCCUCUGUGACUGCUUGCUGGACUGCUUCUAUCAUGUUCUCAGACUCCAGAGUGCCUGGGGAGCACAGAGGCUUUCAACACAGCAACCCUCAUCUCAACCUCUGGCUUCACAAUGGACUCAGGGCCCACCACAGUGAAAUGGGACUCAAUGGGCAGUGCGGGCGGGCUGACGCCAACCUUACCUAUCCCAACAGAGUCAAGAAGGUAGGCUUUACAUCACAAGAGGUGAUGAACAACAUACAUGGGAAGGAAAGGACGGGUCCCCAUUUGAAUGAACUGUGCCUGGAGGCUAGGAGGCUGCGCUUCGGCUUGUGGGAGCAUCGUGUGCAGCCAGAUUUGAGAAGCCAAGAGGGCAGCCCUUCCAGGUGGAGCCAUGGCCAGUCUCCAGCACCAGGCCUGAGACACAGGGCGUCUGUCAGGGACUACUACACAGAAUGCUCCUUUGUUGGGAAUGCCUGCCAGUCUUUACUACACCCUUCAGUCAGGAAGUACGUGAAGGCCCCCGCCCUCGCUCAGCCAACACAGUUCAAAGGUCAAGACGGCUGUAAAGUGCCUGUUUGUUUGGAGGACCAGCUUUGGGGCUAUUCCAGACAGACUUGUCAGAGAGACCUUCAUACAUCCAGCUGGGUGGAUUCAGCUACAGCCACACAGGGCUUACCAAGACACCAGAGUUUAAGUUCCACCUUGAGAUCCAACAAAAAGAAUGUCCGAAACAGUCAGAGAGACUUGACUAGACCAGUAAGCGGACCAGAGACCAAACUACACCAGCAAGACUUGACAAGACCUGUGGAGGGUUACAAUGGACCCAGCUCUCUGCAUGUCAUCUUCUCCACAGAGGUUCCUCAGAGAGAUAUGAGAGGUCCCACUCUCAGACCCCAGCAGAGUCUCAGUAAGCCAUGUCCCGCCUUAGAAGACAUCCAAACCAGGCCCCCCAGAGGUGACCAGGGCUCCAGGAGUGGGUCAGGCCUGACUGGGUCAAAGAAGCACCAGAAGGUUGUCCGGGAUCAGAUCCGGAGAGUGGUGGAGAACUUGGAGGAGGUUCUAGGAGGCCUGAAGGACAUCCAUCAGGAGAUGAAGGAGGUGGUGCAGCAGAUUGAGCUGCUGACCUCGUCCAUUGACCUGAGUGAAGAGGCCAGCCCCAGCCUGCCCGGCGACAGCAGCUCCAGUGGAGUGGCGAAGGGCAGCAGCCACCAGAGGCUCAGGGGUGAGGAGGCCAGGCAGGGGGAGGCAGCUCUGUCUUCCCCCAUCAGGACUAACUCACUCCAACCUCACAACCCUGCCUCCAGCCUGGUCUGCCUCCCCCACCAACCUGCUCUCAGUCCUCAUAGGAGUAGCCCUGUUCGCCCUCCCACCCCUGCUCUUUCCCCCCUCAGUACCAACCCACCUCACCCCAACACCGCUGCUCCCUCAGUCAAGAGUCAGCAUUACCCACACAACCCUGCUUCUUCCCCCAAAAAGAGCAGUCUACAUUACCCCCUUAACCCUACUCUCUUUCACAACCUUGGGCUUUCCCCAAAAAAAAGUAGUCCCCCUCACCCAUCUGCCCUUGGUCUUUCUGUCACCAUAGCGAACCAAGCGGGGCCACCCAUUGUGGAGCCUCUCCCUGUCAGACCACCCAGAGACCCUGAGACCAGGGUGGAGGGGCUGAGGCCAACAUCUGCUAAAUCACUGGGGCUGACCCAGGGCCAGAUGGCCCCUCACGGCCCAGGAAGAGUUCCAGGGACCAGGGGCCGCAAGCCUCCUCCUUACCCGCACAAUGGACACUUUGAUCGGGUGAGUAAAGGAAAGGAUCCCAGGAAGGCUCCCCCAUACACUGUGAAAAGAAGACUGCUCUCGACAACGGUGUGAGGGAGUCCGUCAGAUGGAUGGAGCCACAGCCAGAGUUGCAGGAGUAGAGGGUGAUUUAAGGCUCGCCAUAUUGAGCAGAGACCAAAAUCCCAAGGCGACGGGAGGCAUCUCGGGGUGAGUAUGUGUCAGCAAAGCCAUGCUGCGUUUGUGCUGACACUGUGUCCCCCUUUCUUGGCUCGGAUCUCAUCUUAAUAGGAGGGUAAGAGACGGAAACAGCUGGCUCCACUGCACUUGCAACGAUUAGGGCCCGAUGCAGAUGCUCACAUUGCAGGAUAUUGACAGGGCCAAAUAGGAAGUGAGGUCUCUUUGGCGUCAUGUGUCUCUUGGCUGACCUGGUUACCCUGUGCUUGGAUGUGUGUCAGGGGAGACGGGGACAGAGACAGGGGGGGCAGCUGAUCAUUAGUCCUACCCUUCAAACGGUCCGUGGUGACGCAAUUUCUCCUGCCUCUAGCCUGACCCUGACCCCCCACCACCCCCACCCUACAAGCACCAUCUGUUCCCUGUAAAUGUCAGUCAGGAGAUACAGGGAAAUGCAGGCCAAACUGCCUGAGAUCAUUUACGUGAGAGACAUCAUGACUUACGUGAGAGACAUCAUGACUCACUCAUUGGGUCGUAUCAUCGUGUCUGUAGUUCAGAAGCAAUCUAAAUGUAUCCCAGUUGUAACGUCAUUGAAUGUUGUAGAUCAAUGUUUUCACUUGAUGCCCUCUUGUGGUCAUGACAUGUACGUCCGCAGAUGCUUUUGGACUGGAAACAUCGUUCUAAUCAGAGAUUUUAGGAAUACAUGCCAAUGCAAUUUUAAACAAUGUUGGCUCUGGCUAUGUUUUUUGAUGCUUAAAUAGACACGGGAAAGUAAAAGGUUUGAUUAGUAACAGAUGGACAAUAGUAAUGACGUGUUUAUAGUUUGAGAUGGAAUGCAACUCAACCAACAGAACCAUUGGCAAAUAAAGGAGCCAUUGUAGUGGAGGGAAAACCAUGCAUUGCCAAGACUGAUGUGCACGCGCAUACAUUUGUAAUGUCCAAAAACGUUAAGCAUUUUGAAUGACUUUACGUAAUAGCUCCAUUCUUAUGUGGAACAUUCUAGUUACACUGGAUGUAAUGCUAUUGAGCCUGCUGAACUGGAAAACAAGAGCAUGAGAUCAGCACUCAACUUUUCUGAAAGUAAUCCAAGCUGACAACCGUCACACAGCAGGGACUUUCUGAUCAAGCACAGCUCUGUCAAAACAAAACAGGAGAACAAACAUUUCACAUUCCCAGGCAUGACUUUUAUUGGAGCAUACGUUGCACAUUGUGAAUCAGAACACAGAGUAGAAAAGACUAUUUAAAAAAAAAAAAUGUAACUUUGUUUGUCUCUCGAUGCCUGUCAGCGCCUUGUGGCAUUUCCUGUUGGGACCCCAGGGACUCUCGCUGACGAGGAGGGGGGACUCCACUAUCAACACAAAGGUCCUCCUCUGGACAGAGGGAUAAACCUGGAUGGAUAUGGUACGUGCUGCUAGCUAACUGUCCCAUAAAUCAAGGCAAGACAGUACAUCUCUAAUCCUGGUGGGCCAAAUUAGUGUCUGUUCUAAAGCUCAACUUAGCUUCAUUAAGACUGUUGGUAGGAGUAAAACGUCAUCAACCGCAUUGAAUGACGAUUGGUUGGUUGAAUCAGGUGCUCCAUGCAGAUCAAAAACACAGAAUCUGGGUUCCCUGCUCUACUCUGUCUGGGUUAACCAUUUACUUCCAGAGAGAAGCGG